GUUUGUGUUUCAGUAGAAGAUAAGUGCUUUAUAUUGCUUUCUAAAGUAGUUCAAUAUAUUCCUUUCAGAUAUGAAGAAGCUUCUCCAUCAGUCUAAGUAAGUUCAUUCACUCUGGCAAACAAAUAUACUUGAAGGAGAGACAAAGAGCUUUAUUGCCUUCUGUCCCAAAGAAUCAAUUCUCUUUCAGCCUUUACAUGUAGAAGUUUUUGGUCUAAUAUUCACUUGGAAGACAAGCAUGGGUGCAGUGAUAACCAGGUUGAGGAAGCGACUCUUCCAGAACCGUGAAGUGAGAAUCCUGAUGGUCGGUCUUGAUGCAUCGGGGAAGACAACCAUUUUGUACAAACUAAAACUUGGUGAAGUUGUUAUGACCGUACCAACUAUUGGGUUCAAUGUGGAAACAUUAGAAUACAAAAACAUUAGCUGCUCUGUCUGGGACGUUGGAGGACAAGAUAAGAUAAGGCCAUUAUGGAGACAUUACUUCCAGAACACACAAGGACUUGUAUAUGUUGUGGACAGCGGUGACAGAGGGAGAAUCUGCGAAGCCAGGAAUGAGUUGCAUCGCAUUCUCAGUGAGCCAGAGCUAAGGAAUGUAGCUGUGCUUGUGUUUGCUAACAAGCAAGAUCUUCCACAAUCAAUGUCUGUGUCUGAAAUUGCAACUAAACUUGGCCUCCACAGCCUCUCUCAAAGAAGAUGGUACAUACAAGGUACGUCUGCAACUUCUGGGCAAGGGCUGUAUGAGGGUUUUGAUUGGCUAUGCAACAACAUUAUCAUCAAAGACUCUCCAUGAUGCUUUAUAUAUACUUUACUAGUAAUAUUACUUUGAAUUCUCCAAUUCAUUAAGAGGUGAUGAAUAUACGUUAAAAUACCACUUUAUCAAUGAGUAUUUUUAAAAGAUCAAAUCAAAAUCAUAGAAACUGUUGAGGUUUUUCAGUUCA